AUGCGUGUUUUUGAGGACUUUAUCAGAUGGGAUUCACCUGGAGAUUGGGAGAGCUUUGAGCAUGAAGCUACUGAACCAUCGGAAGGCUCGAAGCCUCGUCGUGGCCACCUUUCUCAACGGAUGUCUGAUCAAGGAAAUCUGUGGAGAAAAAGUUGGAACGAUGCAUCCACUUUGCCAGCCGAUGACCAAAAGCCCCUCCUAGACUCAAACCGAGAUGGAGAGAAGUGCGGCCUCACCAGCUUCUUGACCAAAUGGUCUGCACAGCCUUCAGAGGAUCAGCCGAUACUCUUAACCAGACAAACUUCGGGGACAAGAAACAAAUGA